GCCUUCACUUCACUGACUGCGGCCGUCAAUGAUAAGCACACGUCAGACCCACUGUAAUACCAGAUUGAUAUUACUGAGCGCAUCGUGGCUAGUAACCGUCAAUAUCAAGACCUAUGCGACUCGGCCCUACGGACGCGGUCUUACAAUGUACACAUGGUAACUGGUGUGCUUAAGUGUCCUUCCGAAAGAUUGUAUUUUUGUGUGAUUUAUUGUUGAUAUUGGUGGGGGAAAAAAUGUUGCGGAUCCGAGGGUAUUAUGUAUCCUGGCGACUCAUUAUCACAGCUGCCGUGUCGUUUAUGUUCAUAUCGUAUCUGUCCUCAACUUUCGACGUCAAGAUCGACGUGAAAAUGAAACCACUCGACCCACGCGCUGCUGAACCGGAUCCGGAAACUACAGAGGAGAAAAAUACGCAUUUGAAACAGAGUCUUGUCGAUGCAAGUGACGGUCUCCCCCUAGAUUUACGAUUUACCAGAAACAUAACACGAAUGGUGUUCAACAGAGUUGGUAAAUGCGGUAGCAGGAGUCUUAUUCACACGAUUGAUUUACUAUCGAAAAAAAUGUCAUACCCACACGUUAAAAGUAAAAUUUUCACCCAGAAAAAAUUACUUGAGCACGAGCAGGCGGAAUUUGCCUUUGAAGUGGACUCGUAUGACCCUCCCUUUAUAUACAACCGCCACGUGAAUUUUGUCGAUUUCGCCCGCUAUGGCGUCGAUCAACCGUAUUGGAUUAAUCAAAUUAGAGAUCCGUUAAACAGGACGGUGUCAUUUUUCUACUAUACACGGUUUGGGGACGGUAUGUCGGUACGUGAUACAAGUGGGCGCAACGUGGAUCUUACAUUCGACGAUUGUGUUUUAAAAAAUCACCCAGAAUGCAAUAUCACUAACACAUUUGCCAUCAUCCCUUACUUCUGUGGCCAAGACCCCGGAUGUUACGAGCCAACCCGAUAUGCACUGGAAACCGCUAAACAAAACGUAUUGAAACAUUUCAUCUUUGUUGGCGUGUUAGAGGAAUUCACGACAUCGUUACUCAUUCUGGAGCAGAUACUACCGCAGUUCUUUCAAGGGGCCCCCGAGGCAUAUCAGCAGACGCAAGAAAAGGGGCUCGUGGAGUCUUACAAAUCCGUACAGCGAAAGGAACCUUCGGAAAAUGUUAAAGCAAUAAUGAAAGAACGUCUCAGCUUGGAAUAUGAAUUUUAUUAUUUUGUUAAGCGGCGAUUUGACUUGAUUAAAGACCAGCUCAUCAGCGAUGGGCUGAUUCAUGCUGACGAUGCGUGGCAAUGA